GAGUUUUCUGUCUAAGCCAAAUUAGUGCAGUGCAGAGGAAAAAUGGUCAUGGGGUUGAUAAAUGCUAACCCUGUGGUACAUGAGAAAAAAGAGAGGCGCAGCAGAGAAGCACCCGAAAACAAAGAUGAAAAUACAGUGGAGCCAAUAGACCAGCUAGAAAUAUUUGAUCAUAUUAGAGAUAUAAAGGACCCGGAGCAUCCAUACUCAUUGGAAGAGCUUAAGGUGGUGACUGAAGACUCGGUCGAAAUCAACGAUGAGCUUAGUCAUGUGCGGGUUACUUUCACCCCAACAGUGGAGCAUUGCAGUAUGGCAACUAUUAUUGGCCUUUGCCUACGUGUGAAGCUCAUGCGGAGCCUUCCUCCUCGUUACAAGGUGGACAUAAGGGUGGCGCCUGGAUCGCAUGCAACUGAACUUGCCGUGAACAAGCAACUGAAUGACAAAGAACGUGUCGCGGCCGCGUUGGAAAACUCAAAUCUGCUGGACAUAGUCGAGGAGUGCUUGUCACCGACGCUUGGUUGAGACCUGAAUUGCAAAUGGAAAUCAAUGUGGUGAUAUAUAUUUCCAGACUAGCGCAGGUUAUUCUCCACCAUGGAGCGUAGCAAUUUAUCUGAGAUAAUACCUUGGGCGGCACCGGAUGUGUGCAUGAAUUCUGGUGCUCUGCGCCUCUCUGUAAAGCAUAUUGCUGCCGUUUGUGCUAUUGUGUUGUAACCUGUAGGUCCUCUAGUGCUGUUUCGUUUUUUUUUGUUCAAGAAACUGAUUGCUGUAUCAUUCUUUUGUGUACGUUUGGACUGUAUAUCAAGAGUGGGCGAUGAUCAGUGCCAUCUCUGAAGAGAUCUCCUGCUACUCUUAUCCUGGGUUGUAGCU